AUGUCGAACCCGAGAAACGGCGACCCCACCAAGCCCCCAUGUUUGCCCCGCAAUGGACUGGUGAAGAUCCCCACUCAAGCCAACGGCCUCGGCUCCGCCAGCAUCACCAAAGGCACCCCCGCCGUGAAGAACCGCCUGUGCCAGCCUUCCUCCGUGCCUGCCAUCCUCAACCCAGCCUUAGCCCACCGCAGCGACCUGCCCACCAUCCCCAGCCUGGCCUCCCCGCUCUCCUUGGCCACUCUGGCCGGUGUCUCCUCCCCUCCCGGUGCUUCCUUGGUGGGACUGAACACGAGUGAAGGUUCGGAGCAGCCCUCACCGGACGGCUGGCCGGCUCCCCCUCGGGUGGAUGAGAAGAUCCUCAACCGUUUGUUCUGGUACUUUUCGGCGUGUGAGAAGUGUGUGCUGGCACAGGUGUGCAAGGCGUGGAGACGGGUGCUCUACCAACCCAAGUUCUGGGUGGGUUUGACGCCUGUCCUGCACACCAAAGAGCUCUACAACGUCCUACCCGGUGGGGAGAAGGAGUUUGUCAACCUGCAGGGCUUUGCUGUCCGUGGCUUUGACGGCUUCUGCCUCGUGGGUGUCUCUGACCUGGACAUUUGUGAGUUCAUUGACAACUACCCCCUCUCCAAGAAAGGGGUCAAGUCCAUGAGCCUUAAGAGGUCAACCAUCACGGACGCGGGGUUGGAGGUAGGUGUCUCCAGUGAAGUGGGGAGAGUGGAGCUGGAGCUGUCGGGUUGCAACGACUUCACCGAGGCCGGGCUGUGGUCCAGCCUCAACGCCCGCAUCACGGCGCUGAGCGUCAGCGACUGCAUCAACGUGGCCGACGACGCCAUCGCCGCCAUCUCCCAGCUCCUGCCCAACCUCACCGAGCUCAACCUCCAAGCCUACCACGUGACAGACACGGCGCUCGCCUACUUCACCGCCAAGCAAGGUUACACCACCCACACCCUCCGCCUCAACUCCUGCUGGGAGAUCACCAACCAUGGUGUGGUCAACAUGGUCCACAGCCUGCCCAACCUGAGUGUCCUCAGCCUCUCGGGCUGCUCCAAGGGGACAGAUGAUGGCGUGGAGCUGGUGGCCGAGAACCUGAGGAAACUGUGCGUGCGGAUCACAGACACCGGCCUCAGCUACCUGUCCACCAUGUCGUCCCUGCGGAGCCUCUACCUGCGCUGGUGCUGCCAG